AUGCCUCUCGAGGCCCCUACCGUCCCUGCGGAUGGAUUUGAGUCCUUCGAUGUGCUCUACGCCCAUGUCAACGCGUCAGCCAAAGAACAAGGAUACGCAAUCGUCAAGGUGCGAUGCAGCGACUACAAGAACGGCGCGCCGAGGCGGUACGAUCUGAGUUGCGUUCAUGGGGCCAAUAAAAAGGAGACCCGAGGUGUCGGCCUGCGGGACACAUCUACCAUCAAGACGAGUUGUCCGUGGAGGGCGAAGGUAGUUCAGCGUGUACUUGCAGGCGAUCGAUGGAUCUUCGAGGUCAUGGUUAACCAGCAUAAUCACGAAGCUCAAGACCCCGUAGCCUACCCUAGCCACCGCAAAAGGACCUGGACCGAGGCCCAGAAGGAUAAGAUCCGCCAGAUCUUCAAGACCACGGCUACUGGCUCCCGUGGUGUUGCCGCAUUGAUGCGAGAGCGUUACCCAGAUCAGGAGUGGCACCGUCGCGACAUCGAGAACGAGAUGAGCCAGGCUAAGGCCGAGGCUCUUGGUGGCUAUACCCCUACCCAGGCUCUGAUCAAGCACUUCACCGACACUGGUAUUAAGCACUUUGUCCGCCAGCUAAGCGGACAUGUCACGGCCUUGAUCUGGACAUACCCAUGGUGCGAGAAGGCCUGGAAGCGAUUCCCUGAUGUCCUCAGCCUCGACAAUACGUACAAGACCAACCGCUUCGAUAUGCCUUUCCUCAACGUCACGGGCGUUACCAAUCUUCAUACCACCUUCAAUGUCGCCUUCGCCAUCGUCAACAAGGAGGAUGAAGAAGCCUACACUUGGUUGAUCGAGCAUCUCAAAAAGCUCCGCGUCGCUGUAGGCGCCCAGCUACCUACUGUAGCAAUUACCGACUUCGAGAAAGCCCUCAAGAAUGCGCUGGCCACCAGCGAGGUCAAGAGGAAAUGGAACUGGCCCGACGGCCAACAGCCCAGCCAGCAGGCCCUGCGAGAACAGGAAGAAGAGGGUAAUCACGUGGACCCUACUUUCAGGGAUCUAAUCGCAGAGGCCCCUGUCAUCGGCCCUCCCCUUUCGAUUCAAGAUACUGAAGAUACCCCUGCCGGCUUUCUGUCUGUCUGGAAGGCCUGCGUAUAUGCCUCGACGAUUGACGACUUCCAGAUGGCGUGGCAGCACCUGAUCGACCAGUUCGCCGAGCAUCAAGAACCCGCUGUUUCCUACAUCUUGUCGACCUACUUCCCAUGGAGGAAGCACUUCCUCGAGUGCUUCACCCGUCAAAAUCGGAACUUCGGCGUUCGGGUCACCUCUCGUACAGAGGGCAGUCACAAGGAGCUGAAGUCGUACCUGCUGAAUUCAAGGGCAGAACUGCGGUUUCUCGCCAGCCGCGUCGAGCAACUCGUGAAGGACCAAGAGGCUUCAUAUAACGCCAAGAAGGGCGAGGAGGCCACGCGCCAGCUCGGGCAGUACAGCAGCUGUCGAUGGAUGGGAGACCUACGCUACCGCCUUAGCCGCAAGGCACUUGGCCUCGUGGCGCAGCAACACAGGAUCUGCCACAGCAGGGUCAAGAGUGACCUCGGACAGACUGCCUCCCAGAGGCACAGGGAACCACCCCCUGAGUGCACCGGGGCUUUCCACCAGCAGUUUGGCCUCCCUUGUUCCCACGAUAUCGAGCGUAAACUACGUAGCAACCAGGAGCUCAGUUACCUCGAUACCCAUUCCCACUGGCACCUUGAGGUGAGCCUCGCCGCUAACGACCCCUUGGCCGCGAUCGAAGAGCCGCUAGUAGGAAUCACAAGGCGUGGUAGGCCUACAGUCAGUCAGGAGGAGAUCCCCGUCGCUUUGAUACCCCGUGGAGAUAACUACCGCCGAGCUUCGGCCGCCACGCGGGCCCGAGACCCCUCGCGGUGGGAGCUCGUUGAACGACAGGAGCAGCAGCAAGCCCGGGGCCGAGCCCGAGGCCGGCGGCCGCGGGGCCCGAGAGGACGGGGUAGAGGCCCCGCACGGGGGCAGGGCCAGCAAAAUGCAGUAGAUGGGGCUCAGGGAGGUGCAUCAACUGGGCCUGAUGUGGCUAUAUCGCCAGGAACGCCCGUAUCAGACACGCCCCAGUCACAGUAG